CAAACGCGGCUCGGUCGCACGUGGACCGCGGAGCUGCUGCGGCUCGCGACACAUCGCGGGCUCCGGGCGCCGCGUCUCCAGGCAAAGGGAACGGCCAGGGAGGGCAGGAGAGCGCGCCCGGGCAGGGCCCCAGCCGCCUCCGCCCCAGCUCCCCUUCGCUCCCCUCCUGCUCCAUGGCUCCGCGGCCGCCGCCGCCCAUGCCGCCCUCCAGUCCGGAGGGGCCUCGCGGCAGCGGGUACGAACACUCGGCCAAGGACUGAGCGGCACCGCUGCCUCCUCGCUGGCCGCUCUCCACCCCCCAAGGAAAGCCGAGGCGCGGGAGACUAGGAGAGAGAAAGGAAGAGCGAGCAGAAGCGAGCGGGAAGUCGGGCUCAGGGCACCGCGGGACAGUCCAGCCCGGGGGAGGCUGCGCCCGGGGCGGCGGAGCGCGGAGCGGCGCCGCUGGGUCGCGCGGAGCUCCGGGGCCCAGCGGCUGUGGAGAGGCUACUCGGUGCCCCAGGCCGGCCGCGCGCACCUGCCCCGGGCGGUGCCCCAGACUCACCUGGACCUCGAAGGCCCCUUCCCCAUCCCCGCCGCUGCAGCCGGAGCGAGGCUCCGCGGGCCUGGAGCACGGCUGGGUCUAAUAUGCCCGGAGCCGAGGCGCGAUGAAGGAGAAGUCCAAGAAUGCGGCCAAGACCAGGAGGGAGAAGGAAAAUGGCGAGUUUUAUGAGCUGGCCAAGCUGCUCCCGCUGCCGUCGGCUAUCACCUCGCAGCUGGACAAGGCGUCUAUCAUCCGACUCACCACUAGCUACCUGAAGAUGCGGGCCGUCUUCCCCGAAGGUUUAGGAGAUGCAUGGGGACAGCCGAGCCGCACCGGGCCCCUAGACAGCGUCGCCAAGGAGCUGGGAUCACACUUGCUUCAGACUUUGGACGGAUUUGUUUUCGUGGUAGCAUCUGAUGGCAAAAUCAUGUAUAUAUCGGAAACAGCUUCUGUACAUUUAGGCUUGUCACAGGUGGAGCUCACGGGCAACAGUAUUUACGAGUACAUCCAUCCUUCCGACCACGACGAGAUGACAGCUGUCCUCGCGGCCCACCAGCCCCUCCACCAUCACCUGCUACAAGAGUACGAGAUAGAGAGGUCCUUCUUUCUGCGAAUGAAGUGUGUGUUGGCGAAAAGAAACGCGGGCCUGACGUGCAGCGGAUAUAAGGUCAUCCACUGCAGCGGCUACCUGAAGAUCAGGCAGUAUAUGCUGGACGUGUCCCUGUACGACUCGUGCUACCAGAUCGUGGGGCUGGUGGCUGUGGGCCAGUCGCUGCCACCCAGUGCCAUCACAGAGAUCAAGCUGCACAGUAACAUGUUCAUGUUCAGGGCCAGCCUUGACCUGAAGCUGAUCUUCCUGGAUUCCAGGGUGACCGAGCUGACCGGGUAUGAGCCGCAGGACCUGAUCGAGAAGACCCUCUACCAUCACGUGCACGGCUGUGACGUGUUCCACCUCCGCUACGCGCACCACCUCCUGCUGGUGAAGGGCCAGGUCACCACCAAGUACUAUCGGCUGCUGUCCAAGCUGGGCGGCUGGGUGUGGGUGCAGAGUUACGCCACCGUCGUGCACAACAGCCGCUCGUCCCGGCCGCACUGCAUCGUGAGUGUCAAUUAUGUCCUCACGGAUAUCGAAUACAAGGAACUGCAGCUGUCCCUGGACCAGGUGUCCACAUCCAAGUCCCAGGACUCCUGGAGGACCGCCUUGUCUACCUCACAAGAAACUAGGAAAUUAGCGAAACCCAAAAAUACAAAGAUGAAGACGAAGCUGAGAACAAACCCGUACCCGCCACAGCAAUACAGCUCGUUCCAAAUGGACAAACUGGAAUGCGGCCAGCUGGGAAACUGGAGAGCCAGCCCCCCAGCCAACGCCCCGGCGCCCCCAGAACAGCAGCUCCAUUCAGAAAGCAGCGACCUUUUGUACGCCCCGUCCUACAGCCUGCCUUUCUCCUACCAUUACGGACACUUCCCUCUGGACUCUCACGUCUUCAGCAGCAAAAAGCCAAUGUUGCCGGCCAAGUUCGGGCAGCCCCGAGGAUCCCCGUGCGAGGUGGCACGCUUUUUCCUGAGCACACUGCCAGCCGGUGGCGAAUGCCAGUGGCAUUAUGCCAACCCCCUAGUGCCUAGCGGCCAGUCUCCAGCUAAAAACCUUUCUGAGCCGCCGGUGAACACUGCUCGGCACAGCCUCGUGCCAAACUACGAAGCGCCCGCCGCCGCCGCCGCGCGCAGGUUCAGCGAGGACACCGCGCCGCCACCGCCGCCGCCGCCGCCGAGCUUCCCGAGCUGCGGCCACUACCGCGAGGAGCCCGCGCUGGGCCCGGCCAAGGCCGCCCGCCAGGCCGCCAGGGACGGGGCGCGGCUGGCGCUGGCCCGCGCGGCGCCUGAGUGUUGCGCGCCGCCCGCCCCGGAGCCCCCGGGCGCGCCUGCGCAGCUGCCCUUCGUGCUGCUCAACUACCACCGCGUGCUGGCCCGGCGAGGGCCGCUGGGGGGCGCUGCGCCCGGCGCGCCCGCCCUCGCCUGCGGCCCCGGCGGCCCCGAGGCGGCGGCCGGCGCGCUGCGGCCCCGGCUCCCGGGCCCCGCCGCCGCCUCGCCGCCCGGCGCGCCGCUGCCGCACUACCUGGGCGCCUCGGUCAUCAUCACCAACGGCAGGUGACCUCGCGCAGGGCUGCCCGCAGGGAGAAGCCAUAGGCCGGGCCCCGGGCUCCUGUUGUCCAGAGUGCAGCCGAGUUACGAGGGGCGGGCUGUAUAUGCACGAUUUAAAUUAAUUUAUACAGAGACGACUAUUUUAAUAGAACUCCGCGGCCGGCUUCUAGAUUUUUACGCAGAUCCCGCAAACGCCGGUGCAGAGGACUGCGGCGCGCCCGCGGCAGGGGAGAAAGGCCCGCCAGACCUUUGUUCUCCAAGAGCCCGGUCCCGAAGGGGGCAGAGCUGAGCGUCCCCCGCGUCCCCCGCGCGACCUCCACCUGCCCCGUCUCCGGGGGCGGACUUGGUUUCCUCGCCUCGCCACCAGGCCCGCGCGCCUCGCCUCGUCCCCGAUGCGCAGCAAUCCCACUGGGGACUGAAGGAGCUUCCGCUCCGGGGGAGCCUCCGCCGUAAAGACGAAAGCCCAACCCGAUCCAGUCAGAUACGCCAGGCGGUGGCCCACCCGGAGGAGGAGGAGGCUCCAGAAUUCAGAGCGCUCUUAGAUUCUUAAGGCAGGAUGUGAUGAUUUAAGCCCCAGGAAUCGACAACUCUCAUGUCUUUAAAAGUCAUUCAUGAGCCUCAUGAAAAGUUGUUUUAAUUUAAGCCUUUUUUUUUCGGUUCAGAAAUCAGCAAGCCAAGACCAAGGGAGUGAAUGAGCAUGGGUGUGCUUUUACUUCCUCCUAACCUCUGUGAACUCUUGAUACCGAGAAUAGCACCUUCAGAGUAUAUUGAAUAGGCAUUAAAUGCAAAAAAUUAUAUAUAGCCAGAUAUUUUCUGAGAAUGACAUGUGGAUGAUUUAGGUGCCCAAGGCGACUGGCUACCCCUGUCAGGUUUGAUUACAAGGCGAAAUUCCUCCGGUCCACCCAGACCUGUAUUUCCCUAGGCUCGUGUUUGCUACAAGUAGUGCUAAUAAAGUUAGUUAAAUUGCAUGUGCAAUAUGGAAAAUUGUCAAUGGACUGCGCCUUGUGGAAGAAAAGUCGCUAAAGGGAUCUAAUAAAAAUGGUGCAUACAUUUUCUUUAGCAUUUCCUGCCUUUUCUGCAUAGCAAGAAAACUCCAUGAACAUGUCCUGUAUGUAGGAGGUAAACAGAAAUCCUUUUAUAAAGCACCAGCAGUGUUUUUAAAAAUAAACUUACAUUCAUUUUUGUCUUUUA